UGACGUAUAUGAGUACACAUGCGAGUACGUGCUGACCCGGCUCCUUUACAACACCGUGCUGAGCGGAGUCGAGCGCGAAAUACUGCCUCCAUUAUACAAGACUAACAUGACGGCCUCGCAUAUGCUACUACUUGUCCCCUUCGCCCUUGCUCUACUGCUUUCUAAGCCCGCGGAAUCUGCUGGUGUGUGUCAGCGGCCGCGCCCAUGGACGGUGAAUGGCAUGGAUCCCAUGGCCCAGGCCCGCGCAGAUAAACAAAUCGUAGUGCUGGCGCUGAUGGAAGCGCGUGCGUGCGGGAUUUGCGUCAGACAGGCUAAGGCCAUGGAGUCGCUACUGACGAUGCUCAGGCAACGGGAAAGAUCCUACCAGCUGGGGAAUCUGUACUUUAUGAUUGUCAAUCACCACAUGGCGGCCGGUUCCAUCCGCUUUAUAGAGGAACGAGUCAGUUUUCCAGUCUACCAAGAGAACGCGAACAAACAGAUAUGGCCAGCGGUUGACGGCGCCAAGGAUGACAUCAUCGUGUAUGACAGAUGCGGAGGCCUGGUGUCGCAUCUGAAGUGGCCGAAAAGUGAUUUGACUAAGCCACAUCUUUGGCAAGCUAUCCACCGGGCUAAAUGGAGUAAGGCGUGUUGCAAGCAGCAGACGACAGAACCGCCAACAAUCUCUGACGGGGGCAAAGUGGAACCCUAAUGAGGAAAUCUUUGAGAAUAAUACCAAAACUGCACUCAUUUACGUGAAGCCUUAUCAAGCGGGUUAACAUUCUACGGGGUUAUACACUGUCAUACACCCAACAGCCAGAGAAUAAACCAUUUUAUACGAAUA